UGAACAUCUAGGAUGACGGGGAUUAUUCUGUUUCUCUUGUUUCUAGGCUUUCCUCUUGACAAGACGGAAGAACAUGGUGUCAAUGAGCUGUACACUCUGAUAGAAAAGGGUCAACCCAUCUUUGUGGAUCCAGCUCCAAACAACCAGAGCUGGGGGGUGGUCAAAGAGCCCUCCCUGCCCAUCAAUGAGCUCCUGGAGAAGAGCAGCAAGACGAGCGAGUCCAAGUUCAGCCUGCAUCCUCUUCCUUCUGCCGUCUGGCCGAAGCACAGCGACCUGGCCCCCAUCCCUCGCCACCACGGCCUCCACAACAAGAGCAAAAAGGGCCCCAAGAGCGACCGCCUGGUGGAGCACAACAGCGAGAAAACCCGAGGAGAAGUUGCCUGGCUGCUCCCCAAAACCCCGCUGCCCGGAGCCACGGCCGCCGCCCCCAACCGCACCGUGCAGAGGACCAACCAGGAGACCCAGUCCAACAGCAGCCCCCCCCAGCAGGCGGAAACGGACGGACACCCCAGCUCCAGACCCAGGGGUCCGGCCCUGGCGCAGCCUCAGACUCCGCCGCACCAAGCGGCCCCUCCCCCGCGCAGGGAGAACAGCCACAACCGGCGGCUGGACCAAGAGGAGAACCGGCCGGGGAAGUCCAGGCUCUAUCAGCCGGGCAUCGGCGCCGCGACCCGCAACAACAGCCGCCCACCGGUCGUCCUCAACCGGCGCUCCUCCAGCCUGCUUUACCAGUUCGACAUCUUGAAGCGAGAGUCCGACUUUACACACGAGGCCUUCUGCAUGAGCGACUGCAGGAAGGAGAAGGAGGAGAGGGAGUACUACUGCUACAGUGAGUUUGCUGUUAACGGGAUUGUUUACGACAUCGACGUGUUGCGUAACGGGAUACGCCUCAUCACGCUGAUGGUGAGCACCGACGGCUUCUACAAGAUGAGUCGGCUCUAUGUGACGCCGGACAGCUAUUUCUUCAAGGUCCGCCUCCUGGUCCUGGACACCUUCAAGUGCAGCAAGCCCUGCCCUGACAUCAAGCUCGGAACCCGAUACAUCAUGAUGGGCCAGAUCUACCACCGGAGGCGCCACCUUCCCAGCGACCUCCUCAACCUACUGGGGGGCAAACUGAAGCCCGGGGACGGCCUCCUGAGAAGCAACAACUACGUCGAGAGGUUCAACAAGCGGCGGCACCAGAAAGCCCUCGAGGCCACCCGCUCCAAGUGCAGGUGAACCGGAGAUAAGACCUCCGCCCCCUGCUGGAGGGGAAGAGACACUGCAGCUCGCCUCGACUGAUCCCAACCAACUAUUGUGCAAGACGGAAGACACUUUGCAGAAGGCUCGGAUCUAUUUUUUAUUUUUUUUUAAACGGACUGCUAUGACCUAUCCAAACCCUGGUUUAAUAUUUUUUUUUACUCCUCUGUAAAGUUCCUGGAGCAUGGACUUAGUGCUCUCUUUGAGAGAAAACACAAGCCACUUCAAUUAAAUGGAUUUUGCAGUAUGGUAUUGUAAUGUUUGGGGUUUCAGACAAGGGUAAAUAGCAGGUCCUCCCAAAAACUCCUCAUUCAUUCAUGGCUGGUUCAUGAACCCCCACAUUCAAACAUCAUCAAAUUGACUCACUUUUACAGGGCAUUUGGCUCAUCUGAAGAACGUUAUGCCACACAAUUAGUUUGUAGAAUAUGUGUAUUCUGUCAUAUUGAAUCCGAGGUCACAUGGGUAUGUUCCUGUUUUAUUCAUGUAUACUUAGCAUGCCAACUCAGUCUGAUCCCGCCUCUGUCAUCCUUAUCCAAUCGUACACACAGUUGAACAGUUGCACAGUGCGUUUUCUGCCCGGAGCCCUGGAUCAGAUCCCACAUUUCGGUCCUGUUGAUUCCUUUGAUUAAAUGAUCGUCCUAGAUUGCAAAAUGAAUGCAAAAUGUCGUGUAGCACCAAAUACUAGUGACACUCGAUC